AUGAGGAGUACACUGGAAGAGGCGAUUGUGGAAACGCGCAGUACGUCUCUCGAAAAUCGACCGCGACUUCCCCGCAUAGCCCUAAGCAAGCGGCAUCGGGCUGUUGUGAGGGCUCUGAACCCAAUGCUGGUGACCUAUUUGGAAGCCAGCUGGGACCUUUGCGAGACGGACUCAAUUCUUUUUGGCGCCGCGCUGGCAGUCUGCCGUACUAUAGGCACCAAGGUUUCCACGGUUGGACACGCUACUGGCCAACUUAGCGCUAUCCCAGCAUGGAGAAGAAGAAUUGAGGAACGUAUCGCAAAGUAUAGAGCUCUCAUCGACAGACUGAUAUGCUUCAGAUCAGGCAAUAACAGGCCAAGAAUUGUGCGCACCGUCAGGAUGGCUUUUGCUGGGACAAAUAGUGAUCAGAAGAGGGUCUAUGAAUCAUUGGAGCGACCAAUAGUAAGUGGAACGGGCCCAGCACCGAAUCAGGACGACACUGUAGCGUUCUGGCGCGACCUGUGGUCAGAGCACGUAAACCACAGCGAGGGCCCUUGGACGGAAGUUGUGGCGAGUCAGUGUGCGAGUAUAACGCCCAUGGACCCCGACAUUAUAACACCGGAUGACGUAGCUGAGGCGGUCCGUAGGGCCCCGAACUGGAAAAGUCCGGGACUCGACGGGCUGCAUCACUACUGGCUGAAGGGGUUCGUGGUGUGUCACACUGUGCUCGCCCGACAGUUUCAAGAGGCUCUCAACCAGAAGUCGCUCCCGAGCCUCUUCACUACUGGGGUCACCCGUUUGGUUCCUAAAGACCAGGAAAGCCUUCGAGACUACUUUAGCAAAUUCGGUGAAAUCACAGAAGUUAUGGUUAUGAAAGAUCCUACAACGAGGCGGUCGAGGGGCUUUGGUUUCAUCACGUUUGCUGAUCCAGCUAGCGUAGACAAAGUUUUAGCUCAAGGCACACAUGAAUUAGAUGGUAAAAAAGGUAAGCCAUUAAUCAGCUUUUAA